CAGACACGUCCUCUCCCCCACUCACACCACCCAGUCGUUGCCUGUUCUUGCGUCAAAGCUGGACUGCUCGGAGAGCGGCGCAUCGAUCGCGUCGCAGGGCCAAAAGCGCGUCGCUUACCGGUGUCCUGCCACGCGCGAAGUGCCGGCUCGUUGCUGCUUGUCACGCUCCCAAUUGAAGGCGAGUGAUAGCAGCCACACCUGGUCACUCGACCCGGGCGACGUCCUUGGCCAGAAUCCACCAUGUCCCUCGAAUUUGGCAAGGAGAUACCUGGCUCCUUCCAGGCACUUGCGUCCUUUGUUGCACUGCAGAUCUCACUGUCGUCCGAUCUCGCUGGCUUUCUAACCGAGCGGGCCGAGCUUGAGCGCGAAUAUGCAGGAAAGCUUUCGUUGCUGUGCAAAAAGGCAAAGGAGAAGCGCGACAAGCGGCUGCAGGAAUACGUGGUCGGCGCAGAGCCGACGAAGGCCUGGACAAAAGAAACAGCCGACAGGAGCACACUGCAAACCUUCGUAACCACUCUUUUGGGCAACCAAGAGGGCAUGGCCAAUGCACACAAAUCGCUCGCCGAUGCGCUCGAGAGCGUUGCAUCAGAUCUCAGCGCUGCUGAGCGCAAGCAGGAAGCGACGCGUAAGAAGCACGUCGCAUUUUCAUCCCGAGCAAUAGCAGAUCGAGAAAAGGUCUAUUCAGACCGGCAGAAAAGCAAGGAAAAGUACUAUGAGGCAUGCCACGAAGUCGAUGCCCAGCGACACAAGCGAGAGAAGGCAGAUGCUGGCGACAAGCAAGCAGAUAGAGCUGCAAAGGCACAAGCUGUCGCAGAAGUAGACUUGAAGAAUGCCAAGAACACCUACCUGAUUUCAAUUUGUGUUGCAAACAAAGCCAAGGAGCUUUACUUCAAGCGGACAACAGUCGCGCUCCAGAAUGAUCUCCAAUCUCUGUGGGGUCUCUCCAUAUCUCGACUGGCCUCCCGACUGCGCCGCGCAAACGAACAUCUUCUCACUCACACAGAUAGGCUUCGCCUUUCGGUAACUGAAGCGACAGAUGCCUUUUCUAAAGUUUCAAUCAUCGACGACCAGCGCCUCUACGUUGAAUACAACCGCCGGCGCUGCGAAUUGCCUGCUGAUUGGACAUUAGAGCCAUGUGUGGGCUUCUUUGACACGGGGGAGAUGUCGAUCGAGGAUGCGACGGCGAGGACGUUCCUCCAGAACCGGCUGCUGAAGGCAAGACAGAAAGCGAGGGAUGUCAGGCCGAUGAUGGAGAGUCGGAGAAAAGAGGUGCAGGGCCUGCAGAACCUUAGGGAUGCAUAUGCGAAGCAGGAAGGGCUGGGUGACCCGGACGAGGUCAUGGACAAUCUCCUAGAAAGCUCGCGAGAGCUGCUGGUGCUCGAAACGAGCGAAGGGUGUCUACAGGCCGAGGAGGACAUCAUCAUUGCCAGCAUAGGCGCUGACCAUGUUGAAGCCAGACCUCAUCGAUUCAAGCCGGCUUCUUUCACAAUACCGACCAGCUGCGACUUUUGCAGUGGAACCAUCUGGGGCAUUGCCAAGCAGGGCUUGGUCUGCAAGCCUUGUGGCUUCACGGUUCAUGCUAAGUGCGAGCUCAAAGUCCCUGCUGAUUGUGGAAGCAGCAGCAAUAGUACCCAUGCUACCCGAAACGGCCUGGCACCGCCUACUCGUGCCACUGCAUCAGCCACGCAUCUGAUCCGCGUGCCUGGCAGCGUCGACUCGACGAGUGUGGGCGCUAGCGCAGGUACGAGCAUCAGCGAUACUUCCCGAGGUCGUCUGCUCUACAGCUUUGAAGCGACGAGCCCGUUCGAGCUGACAGUCACCGAGGGCGAGCUCGUGCGCCUGGUCGAGGAGGAUCUCGAGGGCACUGGCUGGAUCAAAGUCGCCACUGACGAUGACAGGCAGGGCCUGGUGCCGACAUCUUACUGUGAAUUUGUAGGGUCAAGGGCUGUGAAGGCCAAUCCGACCCUCCACAACGAUGAGCAAUUGCAGUCGAGUCUCGGUGGCAUGGCGUUCUCACCAGCGCAAGACACGCAGACUUUUGGCGCAAAGUAUGUGCGUGCGCUGUACGAUUUUGAAGCGUCCGAUCCACAGGAGAUGUCGUUGAAGGAAGGGGAGGUAAUCCAGUUAAGCGACGUAGGCAUGGACUUUGGCGAGGGUUGGGCGGAGGGCGUCAGAAUGGAAGCUCACCACGGCCACGGUGGCGUGGGUAUCUUUCCGGUUAAUUAUGUUGAAGCCGCGUAGGUAGCGCAGCCACCUUCCGAUCACCGCUGUAAAUCAAAUUAGGUCCAUACCUUGAAGCCAAGUCAAGCUUUUCGCUGUUGGUACAAGGCGAAUGGACAAUCAACCUCACCGAACCGCAAACUUUGCCGACCUUGCACGGUGUUGCGCAUGACAAAAGGUGGGAACCGUGAGAAGCAUGUUCGCAGUAAUGGACCCAGAUGAUGGUACGCUUGCCUCCUAAGACCAGUCGCCAAAACCGUGAACCUCUGGGUAGAAAAUGAGAUGCGUUGCCCUUGUGAUGAAAAGGAGUGACAAGGAGUGAUUUCAUUUGCUUAUCAAGCAUCAAGUUCUGAGCUGCACGCAUUCAACAUUUGGUACCAACAAUAGCAGACACCAUACAGCGGCACGCAUACGUAGACAAGGACAU